GUUCUUCAUGUUCUCCGCGGUCUCCGCGACGACUAUGAUUCUCUUUCUGCGGCAAUCCGUGCUCGAGACACCACAAUCGCCCUUGAAGAUUUGCAUGAUCGUCUGGUCGAUUAUGAGGCUGAGCUCACAGCCAUUCGCCAUCGUUCUUCCUCGGCACCAACUACGGCAUUCUCCACUAGCCGAGGUCGCUCUUCACCUCCUGCUCGUGGUCGCGGCAGCCCCCGUCGGCAGUCAACAGUUGGGCCUUCCUAUUAUUCUGAUUCUCUUCAUCGUGCCCACUCCCCAGCUCGUGGCUCUCCUGUCUCCGCCAUGCUCCCCUCGGCUCCCUCUCUCCUAGGGCGACCUCAGCUCCUCUGCCAGUUCUGUGACAAGCCGGGUCACACCGCCAAGGAAUGCUACCGCAUCCGUGGGCGUCCUCAAGCCCAUCACACCACCACCGCCGAAUCUUCUUCUCCGGCUUGGCUUGUCGACUCUGCCGCCACCAGUCAUGUCACUCCUGAUCUCGGUGGUCUCUCUCUUUAUGCUGAUUAUAAUGGUCCUGACGAGGUUAUUGUUGGCGACGGGUCAGGACUUAGCCACGGGGGCGCCUCUACUUCGCGGCCAGAAUAAGGAUGACGUGUACGAGCUGCCCAUGGAUGCCUCCCCCGUUCGCCUUGCCAUGACCGCCACCAAAACCUCGUCUACAACUUGGCAUAAUCGCCUCGGCCAUCCCAAUCCUAGGCUGCUUGCUCGUUUGCUUCGUAACCAGUCUCUCCCUGUUUCUCCCACUUUGCCUUUCCAUUCUUGUGCAUCGUGUGCCCUCAAUAAGAGUCAUAAACUCCCCUUUUCUGUUUCUAGUUUGACUAGCACUCGCCCUUUCGAUUUGCUAUAUAUGGAUGUUUGGGGUCCUUCCCCGGUUCUUUCUAUUGAUUCAUAUUCAUAUUAUUUGGUGAUUGUCGAUCA